AUGAGGCGGCGAGCGACGCAGAGGCGCGGGCCGGCUGUGGGCGAGGCGGCGACCCGGAGCCGGCCUGGGGAGGCCGGGCGCUGGGGAGGCGCGGCCGACGGCAGGCGCGGGUGGUACAGGCGACGGGCGCGGGGACCGACUGCGGGUGCGGGGCACCCGGCCGCGACCCGAGGUGGCGAGGAGCGGAGGCCGGCCCAGGGCCACGGCGGCCGGCUGCGGCCGGGGAGGAGGCCGGGCGCGGCAACGUUGGUGUGGGCGGACGCGGGGCAGUCGGCCCACGGCGGGGAAGAGUCGGCACGGAGCCGUCAGGCGCAGGGGAGCGCGGACGCCGGCAGGAGGAGGAGGCGCCGCGCGCGCGUGGGUUGGGAGCCGGCUCGUAGUCGUGCGCGGUGGAGUGCUGGCGCCGGUGGGAGCGGGCCCUUGGCCGGGCACGGGGCCCACGCGGUCAGCGCGGGUGCUGGAGCAAGCGCGCGGGAGGCAUGGAGCCGGCCGGCGACGAGCAGGACCAGGCGUGGUCGAAGCGGAGGCUGGGCGGAGCCGGCACCGCGCGUGGCGACCCGGCAGGCGGCCCGGGAGGCCAAGAGCGGCGCAGCCGGCGCGGGCCGCGAGCCGGCGGGGCUCGUGCACGAGGCGGAUGAGCAGCAGGGCCGCGAGUCAGAGGCCGGCUCGCCGGGGCAGGGCGCGGGAGCCGCCGAGGCGGCCGGGCGAUGGAGCGGAGCCGGGCCGGAUGGCCGAGCGCGGAGCCAUGCGCGGUGGAGCAGGCACGAGGCGAUGGGAGCCGGCGCGGCAGACGCGGCAGCUGCAGAUGCAAGCUCGCAGAGGCGGAGCGACCGGCCAGGCGAGCUGGCGCAGCCGUGA